GGUUUUUCUGGAGAUUGGCUAUCGAGAAUGAUGGGAAACUCCUCGCCGGCCGUGGUGUAAGUCCAGCAAUUCAAUCGAAAUGAAGCAAAACGCUUCGAUGGCACUCCUCAGUGCAUUCCAGGGUCUGAGGAUAUCCUCGACGGCCCUUUCACGGCCUGCGCUCCUCCUUGGGUCGACCACCUCUCUCCCGAGAAUAACAACACCCUCAGCUCGACCAAAUGCGCGACCAUUCUCGUCGACCUCUCCGAGGCCCUCGUGGCUGGAGCCACGGAUGAACCGGAAGCAGAAGAUGAUGAAGGGGCGGCCCAGGGUGCCGACAGGUGGCUCAUCGAAAGGUACAACCGUUAUAUGGGGCGAUUACGGGUUGCGUAUGUGGGAUCAUCACCGAAGGAUCAGCGCGAAGCAAUUGAAGGUUGCCGAGGACACGAUCAAACAGAGGCUGCGCGGCCAGCGCUACCGACUAUACAAGAGGGUGUCGUGUAAUAUAGGGGUUUUCGUCAGCGGAAACGAGGUGCGAAUGGGCAAAGGAAAGGGAUCCUUCGACCACUGGGCGUCAAGAAUCGCCGUCAAUCAAGUACUCUUCGAGGUCAGGGGCGCACUGCACGAGCAGGUUGCCCGGGACGCCUUCCGGCUCGCAGGGAAUAAGUUGCCAGGCCAGUACGAGUUCGUGAAAAAGGGAGAUCCGGCCGUCGUUGGUAUUACGAAGCUAGAUGGUGUCACAUUGGAGGAGUUGAAGAGGCCAAGGAGGCAACUGCCAACAGUUGAGGCGACUGUCAGCUCGCCCGCGAUACCAUCAACUCCAGACUCCGUGGCUCCCCCGUCAUAAGGCAGAGGAGGUCUGGUUUGUUGUAGAAUAUGUAAGCUAGAGGAAUUCUCGGUGACACCAACUCCGGUCUCUGGAAAGCCUCCAUAGGCGUCUUUCCCAAGAUAUUGUGUUGUUAUGGGGGACUGAAUAGGGGUUGUUCUUUGCCAGGAACUAUAAGCUUGGGGCCCCGACAACACGAUAUCUUGACCUUACAUAUACUCGCCUAGUUAUCCUGAAGCAUAAUGUUAGCUUUACGGUCUACCGUCCUGUUCCAGAGCUUAGAUACUGCGUAGGCGCUAGUAGCGCCGCACUGCAUGCCAUGACAGAACAAGGGGUGGUGUGCACGGUC